GAUAUAAUAAAAUUAAGAAUAUGCUUGGAAUGACUUUAGUAUUUUUUAUAAGCUGAUUGUGAAGUUAUUAUUGAGAAAAUAAUUGAAUUAGCUUCAUUUGGGACAAUUCACUUACUGUUUUCUGAACCAACUUUUUAGUACUAAAAUUUCUUGAGAUGCUAAAAAAUUAAUUUAGAAAAUAGUAAGAAAGUUAUCCAAAGAAAUCCUUAAUUUGGUUACAUAAACAACCUUUCAUCAAAAAAAUUAUCAAAAUAAUGUAAAAGUAGUAGUAAAAAAAAAAUUGUGCUAAACAAUAAAGCAACAAGAAAGCUAUCUCAAGCAUACCCUAAACCGACAAAUAUCUAUAUAUAAAUAUAUGAGAGAUUUUUGAUGGCCUUGUUUUAGCUAUUUAUCUGGCUAAUAAUUUUUCCAUCCCAAUAUUUAUGAGAAUUUUAAAAUUUGAAAAAAAAAAAAAGUCACGGUCUCACUAUAAAGUUUAAGAAAUUAGUAAGUAAGAGUCAAAAAUAUUUGUGGUAAGAUGAUACUACAGGACAAAUGCGUGUUAACGGUGGACAAAAUCCGUCGAAAAAUGUCCAAAAUCUAUGGGGAAUAAGCAUUUCCAGCAUAAAAUUGUUUGAUGGUAAAACGCACCUCGGAAAGAUGUUACCGUAAAAUAAUCCUUAGAAAGAUUUCCAGCCAAAUUCCGCCGGAAAUCAGAGUUUUUACUGCAGCAUGAUGAGAGAAACUAUUAGAUUAGGAUGCAGAGUGAAAGCUAAAAGAAGGGGUAAAGAAAAUAAGGGGAUUACUGCUGCCAUGCUUGCAACUGAGAGGGCUAUGGUUGUGGUAUCAGUGCUCCUUGUUUCGGCUAUAGUUUCUCCAGUUUCGAUUGAAUUGGGUAGUUGUGAUCUUCAUUGCAGGUUUCAUGAGAGGGCCUUUGCAGCGCCGAAGAGCUCUGGCUUCAUGCUCUUCGAGCAUGAGAUAGUGGGGAGGAUGAUAGUAGAUCUCCAGGCUCAAGUGGAUAAAGGAGUGAAGGAUAGGGAUAGGCUUUUGAGCAGUGUGGAAUUGCUGAGGAGCAGUUCAGUUGGGCUGAAAGAAGGGGUAGAGAAGCUUGAUGCUGCUAUUGAUGGUGGGCUUGAGGUUGUGAUAAGAGGGAGGAAUGAGAUUCUGGGAGUUUUGAGCGUCAGGGAUCGAUCUUUCUAUGAGGUGAAACUUAAACCCGGUAUAUGAGUCAAACCGGCUCGC